AUGAGCAAGAGAGGAAAUAAACACUUUGAAAACACCUUCAGAAAGACUGCUUUGAUCACAAACGUCUGUGAGUUAAAAAAAGCCCUAGAAGUGAAAAAGGGUAAUGAGGAUGGCGAGGGUGGCAAAGGUGAUGAGAGUGGUGAGGGUGACAAAGGUGGCCAGGGUGGCGAGGGUGGCGAAGGUGGCAAGGAUUCCCAGGGUGGCAAGGGUGGCAAAGGUGGUGCAGGUGGCCAGGGUUGCCAGGCUGGUGAGGGUGGCAAAGUUGGCGAGGGUUGCAAGGGUGACAAGGGUGGCAAAGGUGGUCAGGGUAAGGGUGGCAAAAGUGGCAUGGGUGGCCAGGGUUGCCAGGAUGGUGAAGGUGGUGAGGCUGGCCAGGGUUUCCAUGGUGGCAAAGGUGGCAAGGGUGGCAAGAGUGGCGAGGGUGGCAAGAGUGGCAAGGGUAGUGAGGGUGGCAAAGGUGGAGAGGGUGGUGAGGGAGACAAGGGUUUCCAGGGUGGCUAG